CUCUCUACAUCCUGGAGGAAUGCAAGCCUCAAAUCCGCCUAGCAGCUAAAAUGCAUCUGGAAUUCCUCUGAUGAGAAGGAUGGGGCGGGUAAAAAAUAGGAAAAGGAAAAGGUCUGCUCUCGCUCUCCCUCCUCCCCUCCUCCCGCGCCCAUGUCUUUUGCAUGGAAUUUUUUUUGCAGCAGUUCCAUGCUAGAGGUCUCCACCGAGCUGCAUGAAUAGGAACUGGCUGCAUCGGAAGGUUGCUCUUUCUUUUGUGCAUCAUCACCCAGCGAAGUCGGCGCAAGUAAGAGAGCCUUUGCAAAUUGCAGUCUUCAGGUUCUGGUUCCCGUCCGUAACAAAGACUUAAUAAUCCCUCCUCCCCCAGCCAGAAAGCAAGAUUUUUGGCGUGGAGGACAAGAAAAAAGGCCGGGGAGAUUCGUACGCCACGUCUUCUCUGCUCUCGCUCUUUCGCUCCCUCGCCAAAGGGCUGAUGGAGAGAGAAGGAAGGAAGGAAGGUGAUGCAGAGAUAGAGGGAGAGAGAGAGAGAGCUCGAUGCCUGGUACCACUGCAGCAGCAGCAGCACUGAUCACAAUAGCACAUCUGCAAAGCCAUUGUCCCAACCUUACGUCUGUGCAGGAUCAGACCUACUGGCCGAUUCCCAGCCCUAAAGCCUGGCGACUGGAUCCUGCCUUCGUCAGCUUGGGUCUUUGGGAGAAGAUCUCCUCUGCUCCCCCUCCCCCAGCGCCGGUGUUUUCUUACCCUUGAUUGUAUAUCUCUCUCUGCAGUAUCCUCUUUGAGAGCUCAGCCUCUCUCUGCUUUACUGCUCUGUUUUGGAUGUUUCCGGAGUAGGAGAGCUAAUGCUGAGCGCCGACAGGAUGGAAGAGUUUCAAAGCGAGGAAGAGGAAGCCUGGUACGGCCAACAGGACUUGGAGCAAGACUUGCACUUAGCAGCUGAACUGGGGAAAACACUGCUGGAGCGCAACAAAGAACUGGAAGAUUCUCUGCAACAGAUGUACACAACCAAUGAGGAGCAAGUGCAAGAGAUAGAGUAUUUGACAAAACAGCUGGAAAUGUUACGGCAUAUGAAUGAACAGCAUGCCAAGGUUUACGAGCAGCUGGAUGUGACAGCACGUGACUUGGAACUGGCCAAUCAGAAGCUUGUGCUGGAGAGUAAGACAUCCCAGCAGAAGAUACAAUGCCUAACAGAAACCAUUGAGGGGCUGCAGAACCAAGUCGAUGACCUACAAAAGCAGGUGGAAGAGUUGCAGAGUCUAGAUCAGCUGCGCAUCCGCCGGGAGAAGAGAGAGAGGCGCCGAACCAUCCAUACCUUCCCUUGCCUCAAGGAGCUAUGCUCUAGUCCCAGAUAUGAAGAUGCAUUCCAGAUUCAUAGCUCUUCAAUGGAGUUCAGUCAGAUGCCCUUGGAACGAGAGAAUGAGCGGCUGCAAGCCAUGGUGAAUUCCCUCAGGUCCCAAGUCAACCAGGAGAAACAGCGAAAGGAGAGGGUGGAGAGAGAGUACACAUCCGUCAUCCAGGAGUACUCAGAUCUUGAGCAAAGGGUGUGUGAGAUGGAGAGCUGCAAGCUGCGCAUUAAAGAGCUGGAAGGAGAGUUACUGGAACUCCAGCAGAUGAAGCAAGUCAAGAAGUAUCUCCUCAGUAGAGAGGACAACCUGUCAGAAGCGCUCCUGGAGCCAUUGAACAAUGCCCCAGAAGCCGACUACAUCGACCUCACUGAUGAAGAUGGAGGUAGAAACCAUGAAUCGUCCAUGACAGCCUCCCCAAACCACCCUGUACGGAAAAGCUGUAGCGACACGGCCCUGAAUGCCAUUGUGACCAAGGAUGCUGUGAGCCGCCAUGAAGGCAACUACACACUGCAUGCCAAUAAUGUACGCAAGAGGGGGAUGUCAAUCCUGAGGGAGGUGGAUGAGCAGUACCAUGCCCUGCUGGAAAAGUAUGAGGAGCUCCUCAGCAAGUGCCGGCAGCACAAAGACAGCGUGCGCCAUGCCGGUGUCCAAACCUCCCGCCCUAUCUCUCGCGACAGCUCCUUUAGAGACUUCCGGGGAGAGGGUUAUGAGCUGGACGACCUCAAGACAAUGGAGAAGAGCCUUAGCAAACACGUGGAAGCUGUAGACAAGCGGCUAGAGCAGAGCCAGCCGGAGUACAAAGCCCUGUUCAAAGAGAUCUUCUCCCGAAUCCAGAAGACGAAAGCAGACAUCAACGCCACCAAGGUGAAAAAGAAGACCACAAAAUGAAUCCUGCUGCUUUGGCGUCACUGCGUUUGCCACAAGCAAAUUCAGCAUCGAGCUCUUCACUUCGGCACCAGGGAGCAUUGUACGGCCUCCUGCCUCCCAAGUCCUAGGAGCUUCUCACGUUGAUGUCUUCUUGCACAAAAAGGGAACCUCUUGCAAGUGUUUCAAGAGUGGGAAGAGCCCACCUCACAUUCUUCGAAGUCAGUGCUCCAAGCUGCCUGGGUCCCUGGAUGUGCUGCAAAAAGCUCUAUGUCAUAGUUGUAGUUGGUAUCCAAGAUUUUUCGAGGAAACCCUUCGCAUCACUGCAGCAGCCAGAAACCACAAACAGGAAAUUAAACAAACUAGCCACAGUCUCCACCUUCUCCCACGACCAGUUGGAUUUGCUUUCCUUCAAGCAACACAGCAACAAGCUUGGAUUUCUUACAAUGCCCUGGAAUAUCCAGAACGUAAUAAUUUAAAACAUCAGUUUCCAGAGGCAGCUUCCAUACAUGCACUCUCUUUCUUCAGUUUCCUUUCCCCCUUCUUCUUCUUCCCAUGAAGAACCCACAGAUGCAUCAGCAAGACUUUUUACUGGACUUCUGUCUUUCUGGAAGGGGAGCAUGUUCUUCCUGUUUAAGCCAUCCUCUUAUUGGUCAGGUUUUUCAAUUUUUACAAUGCAAGCUCAUUGCAACUGGAAAAACUUGAAAAAAGAUUGCUGUUACAUCUUCAUCAAGCGUACCUAAUUGUUCCACUCAUAUAAGAUAGGACAGAGUGAGCUUAGGUUUACACUUCCUCCAGUAUUUUUAUUUUAGGAAGUUAGUUGUCAUCACUUCGCUCAUUUAACCUGGGAUUUCCAAGAAGCCAAACAAGAAGUGCUAUUACAGGCUUGGAGAGACACCCUCGUCUUCAUUUGGGUGUUGCGUUUCCCAUGCCUUGCCAUUCCAAGUGGUUUUUCCUAAUUGUCUUUUGUGGCUGGCUCCUAAGACAUGAUUUGCAUGGGCUUGCAAAAACUGAAUAAUGAUGACUCAUGUUAAGUAGGAGUAAAUUCAGCAAGUUCAGUUGUCAUCACUAAUAAUAUUGUUUAUCACACUAUUCCACAUAGUCACUUGUUAGUUAACGCUUCCGUUGCCAAGCUGCCUUUUCCAAAGGCUCCCUCUGCUCAUUUAUUCAACCUCGCCUACAUAUUCCACACAUUUACACACAAAAGGCCUCUUCAGUCUCAGGAAUAGUCAGUAUCCAUUUCACAGAAAUACAGAAUUGGGAUUCUUUAGUCACAUGCUAAUAAGUGAUGGUUAGGGUUGCAUACAUAUAUGAAAAUAAGCAGUAUUAUAUUUCACUAAGUUUAGGGUACACAUGCCAGAGUUCUCACUUGUGAGGGGACAAUAGUAGCAAUGAUUAUUAACUUACCAAGCAGUAUUAUACUUGAAGAAAUUUUGGACCAGUUUCUUGUUUAGUUGUAUCUGAAUAAGACCCAAAGUCUGUGAUGUUUCUUUGAAAUCACGCUAGUGUAAAUGAGUCUGCCUUUUCAUUGUUUCCAGCUUAUUCCUUCAUGUCCUCUCACUUUUCAGCACUGUUUCUUCUUUGACUGCGAUUCUCAAAUCGCACGCUUUGCAGUGGUCAGUAUUAACAGGCCUGAGCCAGAUGACUUGAGGACCAUGGCUCCUUACAGCUGGCUGCCAACAUUUCUGCUUCUUGCCAUGCUUUUACAUUUCAUGUUGGUAGACCUGGUUUUGACCUGAAGCCGAUUUUGUGAAGUUAAUACAGGGUAAGAAGGCAAAUGUGUGGAAAGUCAAUGGUUAAGUCAAACAGAGUGAGAUUUCUACUCCUCUGCCAUCAGAUUGUCAUCUUGUUAUGUGUUUGCUAGAUUCUUGCCAUGGGGGUCCUUGUGUUCAGCCAAUUGAAGUCACUUUUGUAAUGUGUGAAAGUAUUUUUGAGCAAGCCUGCCCAGGGGCUCUUCUUUCUGGAAGGAUUCUUCCUUUACUACUUAAUGCCAAAACUUCUUUUGUACCCUUGAUGUGGCCCAGCUUUUGAAGUAUUAGGAGCCAUAGACAUGAUUGUGGCUACCACUCUGGUAACCAUAAUGACAAACCUUCAUGCCUUACAGUUGAAAAAGCAAGUUGUCUGGGGGGUAAAAUAACAAAGGAAGUUGGUUUUCUCAAGGGCAUUUACCUUGCUCUGUGUGGCUGCCAUCGUGGCUGCUGAUGUUUUGAUUAACUUUCCUUUACUAUCUUUCUACUAAGGGACUUUUGAACGGAUGUUUGUUCUCAAGUCAUCUGUUUGUUGCAUCAGUAUUUGGGGUGGGAGGGGGCCAUUGCAAUCAUUCUUGGUUUUGAACACUGUUGAUGUGCAAACCAGCAUCCCAGUUUAAGUGUAGUAUACUUAAAAUUAAUAUAUUUAAAAAUGCUUUAUUCUCUUCUUAAAUAAAAAAAGAAACGCCAGUAUUCUGAACACGGAAAUUUAUUGUGUUUCUUUCUUUGCAUUCCAGAAAUAGGCUUGCUGCUUUGAAUUCUCAGCAUCAUUUAGGUCAAGAAAAUGCUUUAGGCAUGAUAGAAAAUGGGAGGGUAACCACCAGAAUGGAUGUGCUGCUUCUCUUUAUUUAUUACAUAACAGAUAAUUCCUGUUUUUGUGGGACAAGGACUCACUCUGUUAUUAAAAAGCACCCCUUUACACAUGUCAACAUUCUGAACGCUCCGGUAGGUUGAAACAUUUUCUUCCAUGCUUGCAAAUCAGCUUUGAUUUCUUGAACACACUUCAGAGUAAUUACUCAUGCAAGCAAUGAGAUAUUAACACUUGCCUCAACAAAGGGACAGCUGCAUCACAUUGUCAGUCAGUUCAGCAAAAUGCUGAGAGCAUAAUUUAUUUGACCAAAAAUAAAUACUGGCUGUAUUAUGUACAAAAAAAUCUAGUGAACUUGUCUUUCCACUAAAAAACAGAACCUGCUUCCUACUUCUAUAGUGUAUAUCCAUCUUAAAGCUCCCUGGCAUGCUGUUCACUAGCUUGAUCCUCAUUGUUGUGGAAACCUUUUAUACAGCCUGGGAUGUAAAUAGCAGACGGGACCAGAAGCACAAUGGAUGGGACUCUUGACUUUGUACAAUAAGCUACAUUCCAGACACACAAAUCAGCUUCUACACACACACACACACAGCUCUUAGGCAGCUGAGGUGUUAUCACAGGACAGUUUCCAGCCAGCCAGAAGUACUCGCAUGGAGCAACCAGGUGAGAGGCAUCGCUUGGGAGAGAGGGUGUGGCUUCGGGAGAGUCUGUCCCCCAGGCCUGAGGUUCCUUACAGCUGCUCAACAUGAGACAAAAACUUGACACCGGUUGAACUAAAGUGAUGGGCAAUCCUGCUCUAGGUUAGACUUAAUUUGGACUCGCUGAGUUAAUAAACUGCUUUUUUAUUUCAUAUUUAGCUUGUUAUUAAAGAGCCUGGUUUCUUCCAGAUGGCCUCUGCUAUGUGCCAUCAGUUAUAUAACCUGUAAGCUCCGGAGACCCCCUUGCCAUGCACCACAGAUGUGGCUCUUGCACAAGCAGAAGAAGAGAUGGCUACCAAACUGGGAAAGCAACACCAACAGGAAAAGAGAGGAACUCUAGGUGCAUGGGGAAGGUUUAUUUCUGGCCAAACACACUUCAGAGCUUGUUUAUGCACUUGCUGUGAACAGCUCUAUUCAAAGUGUGCCCUCGAAGGAUUAUUCCAAAACGUAUAUUGUCUGAAAUAUAUCACCAGGA